UGUGUUAAAUGCUUUGUCUCUACCCGUCCAGAUGAGGGCAGUCUAGCACCGAUGGGCGUUACUCGUGGCACGGUUUAGCCACGCUGUAUUAUUGGCUUUUGUUGAUUUCUGGGGUGGACAGGAAACCAGACGUACAGACCGCCCAGCAGUAAUCCGUGCUCCCGUCCGACUGAGAAUGGAGGUGGGGACGUGAGUCCUCUGCGUACCGAGCCACGGAACCAGGGAGUCGCCGGCGCUCGUGAAAAUCCAGAGCCUUUACCGAGUCUGACACAUGUAAUUCAAUUAACGGCUGGAUCUCCAUCAACGUUUCUUAAUCCAUUGUUGCCAGUGUCUUUCCCGGGAAAGAGGGAGAAGCAUUCCCGAAAAUCAAACCCUUUGGAUUGCUGACUGGCGAAACUCACCGGUUCCCCAUCACCGAGUGCUCCGUGGUGAUCGGUCGUCUCGAGGCCCUGACCUGAGGAACCGGGAAGGUCAAGACACCAAAGAUGGAGCAGUUUUCUGACGAGGAACUGGACCAUGCUGCUGAAGAAGAUAGUGACAAGGAGGACCAGGACCUGGACAAGAUGUUCGGGGCGUGGCUGGGAGAGCUGGAUAAGCUGACUAAGAGCCUGGAUGACGGGAAGCCGGAAAACGUCCACAAGCCGCCCCUCAUCCAAGAUACCAACCUGGCCAACUUCUCCUACCGCUUCUCUAUGUACAACAUCAACGAGGCGCUGAACCAGGGCGAGCCUGUGGACCUGGACGCCCUCAUGGCCGACCUGUGCUCCAUCGAGCAGGAGCUGAGCACCAUCGGCAAGCCGAGCGGGGGCUCGGUGCGACUCGCCAUUCCGGGGGACGUCAAGGGCUACCAGAGGGCGCCGGCGAGCCGGGGUGGAGGGGGCAGCAGUGGGGGCAGCGCCAGCAGCAGCACUAGAGUGUCCCCGGCCUCCACGCUGCGGGCGGGCAGCAGCCGGCCGCUGGCCUCCAAGCUCUCCUUGGACGACAUCACAGCGCAGCUGGAACGUGCCUCGCUCAGCAUGGACGAGGCGGCCCACCAGAGCCCCUCCUCCUCAGCGCUGCCCUCCUCCUCCUCUUCCCCCGCCUCCUCUUACUCCUCCUCCACCAUGCAUCGCCCCCCUCAGUCGGCACGGCACCACCGGCGCACGGGCUCCGCCGGCGCCGUCAGCGACCAUGAGAUCCGGUGCAUCAGCCGCUCCUCCCGCUCCAGCAUCAAUUCGGCCUCCGCCUCCAGCGUGGACUCGUUGGACAUUGAGAAGGGGGCGCGGCCCGGCGACGUGGAUGGGCUCCAGCGGCCCGAUGCCCAGGGGCAGGGCCAGACCAGCACUGAGCACUCCUAUUUGGACAGGGAAACCUCCCUCAUUCUGAAAAGCAUUGCAGGAAAGCCUUCUCAUUUGCUGACAAAGGAGGAACAGGCUGCCAAGCUGAAGGCCGAGAAAAUCCGCGUGGCUCUGGAGAAGAUCAAGGAGGCGCAGGUGAAGAAGCUGGUGAUCCGGGUGCACAUGUCAGACGAGAGUUCCAAGACCAUGAUGGUGGACGAGCGCCAGACCGUCCGGCAGGUUCUGGACAACCUGCUGGAUAAGUCCCACUGCGGCUACAGCCCUGACUGGUCGCUGGUGGAGACCAUUGGCGAGCUGCAGAUGGAGCGGAUCUUCGAGGACCACGAGAAUCUGGUGGAGAACCUGCUGAACUGGACCCGGGACAGCAUGAAUAAGCUGAUGUUCAUCGAGCGCAUCGAAAAGUACGCUCUCUUCAAGAACCCUCAGAACUACCUGCUGGGGAGGAAAGAGACCUGUGAGAUGGCGGACAGGAACAAGGAGGCGCUGCUGGAGGAGUGCUUCGGGGGCAACUCUGUGUCAGUUCCAGAAAUGGAGGGGGUGCUCUGGCUCAAAGAGGAUGGGAAGAAGUCCUGGAAGAAGCGGUACUUCCUGCUACGUGCCUCUGGAAUCUACUUUGUGCCGAAGGGCAAAGCCAAGGCCUCCAGGGACCUGGCGUGUUUCCUGCAGCUGGAUCAUGUGAACAUUUACUACGGGAAGGAUUACCGCAGCAAGUACAAGGCCCCCACUGACUACUGCAUGGCCCUCAAGCAUCCGCAGAUCCAGAAAAAGUCCCAGUACAUCAAGUACCUGUGCUGUGACGACGUUCGGACGCUGCACCAGUGGGUGAAUGGGAUCCGCAUCGCCAAGUAUGGGAAGCAGCUGUACCUUAACUACCAGGAGGCCAUGAAGCGGACGGAGGCGACCUACGACUGGGCCUCGCUGUCAGGCUCCAGCAUGAAGUCUGGUUCCAGCUCGUCCAGCCUUCCAGAGUCGCACUCCAACCACUCGACCCAGUCGGACAGCGGCGUGUCCGACACUGUGACCUCGGGCCACGUCCGCUCCCAGAGCGUGGUCAGCUCCAUCUUCUCUGAGGCCUGGAAGAGAGGCACGCAGGCUGAGGACACCGUCAAGGUGAGGGUGGAUUCCUGCAGGGGCCCCUAUCCUCCUCCGCUGCCGCAGAUGCCCCCGGUGACCCAACCGCCCCCACAGAGUCGCAGCAGCUACCCGGCCAUGUACCCCCAGGCGACCACACCCUCUCCACCCCCUCCCCCCGCCCCACCGCUGCCUGCCUCCGCCCACCAAGCAGCCCUGGCCCCGUUCACCAAAUACAGCACCAUCUCGCGGAUGCAGGGCAUCUCCCACGCUGCGGCCGCAGCGGCGCAGUACCGCCUGCCCUCCCUCAUCCAGCAGCCGCCAGCGCCGCCCCCGCAGUCCAUCAAGCCUGUGCUGCACGGCGUCAACGCAGCCAACGUCCCACCACCUCCCCCGCCCCCGCCGCCUCUCACCAUGCCCACCCCUGGUUCUGCCAUGGCCGUGCUGAAGCUGGGGCCUCCCAGCCCCUCCCCUCAGUUCACGCCCCCAGUGCUUAGCCAAUCCCAGCAGCCGCCCUCCGCCGUCGCCAUGGAGAGCGGGGGCAUCUUCCCUUCCCCCCCUCCAGCCCAUCCCAUGUACCAACCGCUCUGCAGCAAUGGCCACCAGGAUGUUCUGGCCCAACGAUUUGCCAUCCUGCCCCAAGAUUUCCCACCCCCCUCUUGCCAGGAGGAGUCUCCUCCUCCGCCGCCUCCUGCUCUAACGCCACCUCCAGAGCCUCCUCAGCAGCCAGUGGUUCCGCCCCUCGCACCGUCCAAACUGUUUUAUGGUGGCUUCCCCCCGCAUACUGCUCCCAAGCCCUCUGGACCGGGCCUCCCAACAUCCCCUGUAUCUCCUCCCCCCCCAAUACAGCCCCUAACCUCACCUCCCAAUGCACCUCCAACCAUGAAGAAGCAGCAGAGCUACUCCGGGGGGGGCACACCCAGCCAGCCCCCACCCACACUGCCUAAGCAGCUCAGCUUCUCCUCCAAGGCGCUGCCCCUGUCUACCCCCAUAUCAACUGCCCCCUCCCUGGUGAAGCAGAUGGCCAACCAGUUUCCAAGCUCGUCGCCACCAGUACCAAGCACCUUAGAAAGUUCUAGAUAUUCUGCCCCCCUGUCCCCCCCAGUGAUCAAAACAAAACCCAAGUGGCAGCCAGUAGGCCAAACCCAGCAGCAGUCACCGGAGUUCCCGCCUCCCCCCCCGGAGAGCAGCCUCGGCUUCCCGCCCCCGCCCGAGCCGGACACCCCCACUCCACUGCCCUCCUUAAAGAAGUCCCCCUCCGCCUCCUCGGCUGGCUCCGGUGGGCGGAAGCCCCCCCCGACUCCCCAGCGCAACUCCAGCAUCAAGUCCAGUAGCUCACUCGAGCACCAGGAAUACAAGAAGGUGGAGAACCUGGUGAGUCGCUUUGGCCAGACGCCCACGCCCACCUUGCCAGCCCCCUCCUCGGGGUCUCCCUCCAAGGAGACCUACUCGGCCCCCAUAGCACUGCCCAAACCGGGCAAACUCAACCUAGCGAACCUGCCCCCCGCCCUGCAAGGCCAGGUGGGGCAACACGCCGAGCCCAGCGGUGAGUUCCCCUCUCCCCCUCAGGACUUUGACUACUUCCCCCCUCCCCCGCCCGACUCGGAACUCUUCCCCCCUCCGCCCCCCGUCGCAGACACUCCCAGCGGUGCCCCUCGAGUGGCUGUGGUUAACCCUCAGCCCCAGGUGCCCUCUGCCCCAGUCCCCACCACCUGGAGUCAGAGUUCCAUGAAGAAGAAGACGCCCCCCCCAACGCUGGCCCGGCGCAGCACUCCCACCCCCGAGCCGCAGCUCGUCUCGCCUCCGGGGCAGCAAGGGCACCCGCCGCAUCUCGCUUCCCCGUUGCCCCCCACGUCGCCCAAAGGCACUCUGUCCCUCCAGCCUAACUUCUUGGAGGACCUGAACCGGACCCUUAAGCGUAAGUCCGUCACCCGGCACGGCUCGCUCACCUCGGCCCGCAUCUCCACCAAGCUGGAGCCGGUGGCCACCAUGGACGACAUGGCGCUGCCCCCCCCACCCCCGGAGCUCUUACACGAGCACAAGCGCAAGGGCGGCUACGCUUCCGGAAACAUCUCAGGCUAUGCAACACUUCGGCGCGGGCCUCCCCCGGCACCCCCCAAGCGGGACCAGAACACCAAACUGACUGGGGAGUGCUAAUGUGUGUGUGGUUGCGUGUGGGGGGAGGGGGUUCUCUGCCCGAUUUCUCUGUUCCUAACCUAAUAGCUACCUUAUUAUGCGAAGAGCAAACCAAACGUUAUAGCGGCUUCCCUGUGUCUUUGUGCAGCUUCCUAGCGAGUAUAAGCAGCUAGCGCCUGCUAGCGGGACGACGACUCCUUACAUGUUUCGGUGUUUUGGUACUGCAUGGACUCUGGCGAGGACUUUACAGGGAUGGGGGGGGGGGUGUAUGUCUGUGGUAGAGUUACUUUUUUAUGUCACAUUAUUUAAUAUGCUUUUUAAAAUUUUUCAGUUUUGUCCUUAAAAUCUGCAGAAUAAAUUUUAACAGUCUGUCACAGGUGUUUGGGGAGGGGGGGGGUAAUCCUGCGGAUUCAGUGCCAGUGUGUUGGGCAUGGUCCUCCCCCAGGACCAGCCCGCACCGGUCACACUGGUGGAGAAUGGUUUCAGGAUGUGGUAACGGGGGGGGUCAGCUUCAGCUCUUCAGGAUCCUCGCGCCCCUCCCAGAGGACUGUAGAAAUGUGAUUGGCCAAUUUCCUUUUCACACCGGAUUGGCUGGGAUCCAUUCAGAUGUGUCACAUAAGUAGUAAAAAGGGAUGUGUUGACUGUUAAUAAUGUGGAGAUUAAACAGAAAGAGGUGGUCCGCCGGCACCCGCCGAUGGCCAGUCUGGUUUCCCCAUCUUCUGUCUCUGAUGCCCAAGACGGCUUCUGCAAACAGUGUUGUCGAUCACGUCGCAGUCUGUCUGUAUAUAGAGCUGCUGUUCCUGCCUUUAUAUGGCUUCCUUUGGCCUGCCUUCGUGUGAGGGGUGGGGGGGCACUCUGAGCCAUAGGGGUGUCAAAUGCUCAUCCCGGUACUGGGAACACUGUAUGAAAAACCAAGUGGGGGGGGGGUUUGAUUAACCUAGGACUGAUUAAUGUAACUAGUGCUUCAUGUAACCAUGCACAUACAUUCCCUGUUUUUAUUCAAGAAUAGCUAUAUUCAUAUCUAUCGCCAUUACUGUUUUUCAUGUCUGCAAACAAACCUUUAAGCAAAGUAUUAAAUUAUUGAAGUUUAGUAUCUGAACUAGGUGGCCAAAGGAGCUAUUUAAAGUCAGGAACAUCCCUUAAAAUAUAAAAAUUGGAGUAAUAGAAUAAAAUGCAUAUAAAGUAAAUAUAAAUGUUUAAAUCAUA